AUGGAUGGGUGGUGGGUGGUUUGUCUGAGGUAUCUAUCCCAUCUCCCAUCUCUCUCUCCCUCUCUCUCUCCUUUCGUCUACAGCCCAGCCAUGCAGAAAACGCUCCCGCAGGCGAGGAGCAGGGGUAGCCAACAUAGAGUUUUCGACUGUUGCCGUUCUUUCCAAGAUUUGGUCUUGGUAUACUUGGUAUUACUAUUAGGUAUUCUGGUUCGGUUCCUCGGAUUAGUCCAAACUCCCAAACACGCAACCGAAGUUGACCCUCUCUCUCGGUUCGAAGUCUCUCUCUCUUUCUCUCUGUCUCUCGUCGGAGUCUCUGUCCCUUUUCUCACUGCGGCAUCUUGUUGCGGCAUUGUGGUAGCCGGGGGUGUACUAUAG